AUGGCGACGGAGAAACAGAAACACGAGGGAAGAGUUAAAAUCGGACAUUACAUUCUCGGCGACACGCUCGGAGUCGGGACGUUCGGGAAGGUUAAAGUGGGCCAACACGAGCUGACCAAGCACCAAGUGGCUGUGAAGAUCCUGAACCGGCAGAAGAUCCGCAGCUUGGACGUGGUGGGAAAAAUCCGCCGGGAGAUCCAGAACCUCAAGCUUUUCAGGCACCCUCACAUAAUUAAACUGUAUCAAGUUAUUAGCACCCCUACAGAUAUCUUCAUGGUCAUGGAGUACGUCUCAGGCGGAGAGCUCUUCGAUUACAUCUGCAAAAAUGGAAAGCUGGAGGAGAAGGAGAGCCGGCGACUGUUCCAGCAGAUCAUAUCGGCGGUGGAUUACUGCCACAGGCACAUGGUGGUUCACCGAGACCUCAAACCGGAGAACGUGCUGCUCGACGCGCACAUGAACGCAAAGAUCGCCGAUUUCGGUCUGUCAAACAUGAUGUCAGACGGAGAGUUCCUGAGAACAAGUUGUGGUUCUCCAAACUAUGCUGCCCCCGAGGUCAUCUCUGGAAGGUUAUACGCCGGUCCAGAGGUGGAUAUAUGGAGCAGCGGCGUCAUUCUGUAUGCGUUGUUGUGCGGGACGCUCCCCUUCGACGACGAUCACGUGCCAACCCUCUUCAAGAAGAUCUGCGACGGGAUCUUUUUCACCCCGCAGUAUCUGAACCCCUCAGUAGUAAGCCUCCUUAAACACAUGCUGCAAGUGGACCCGAUGAAGAGGGCGACCAUUAAAGAGAUCCGAGAGGACGAGUGGUUCAAACAGGAUCUGCCCAAGUACUUGUUUCCCGAGGACCCGUCCUACAGCAACAACAUGAUCGACGACGAGGCCUUGAAGGAGGUGUGCGAAAAGUUUGAGUGCACAGAGGAGGAGGUGCUCUCCUGCAUCUACAGCCGCAACCACCAGGACCCGCUAGCCGUGGCCUACCACCUCAUCAUCGACAAUCGCCGCAUCAUGAGCGAGGCGAAGGACUUCUACCUGGCCUCCAGCCCCCCCGACAAUUUCCUGGACGACGUGGCGGGAAUCAUCAAGCCCCACCCCGAGCGUUUGCCCGUCUUCGUGGCGGAGCCUCCACCGAGGUCCCGCCACACGCUGGAUGAACUGAACCCCCAGAAGUCCAAGCACCAGGGCGUGAGGAGAGCCAAGUGGCACCUGGGGAUCCGCAGUCAGAGCAGACCCAACGAUAUCAUGACUGAAGUGUGCCGUGCAAUGAAACAGCUGGAUUAUGAGUGGAAGGUUGUUAAUCCGUAUUAUUUGCGUGUGAGGAGGAAGAAUCCGAUCACUGCAAUGCAAACCAAGAUGAGCCUUCAACUCUACCAGGUGGACAGCAGAACCUACCUCCUUGACUUCCGUAGCAUAGAUGAUGAUAUGCUGGAGACUAAAUCCGGAACCGCGACCCCUCUCCGUUCCGGGUCCGUGGGCAACUACCGCACCACGGUAAAGGGCGACGGGGAGGGAGCCGACGUCUCCGCCUCCUGCAGCACUGUGCAGCCCAGCAAGACCGCCGAAGGCUCCUUGGGCUCGUCUCUGACGUCGUCCAUCGACUCGUCGGGAGGCGGGGACAGCGCGCCCACCCCGCGGCCGGGGAGCCACACCAUCGAGUUCUUUGAGAUGUGCGCGAACCUUAUUAAACUACUUGCACGAUAGCUCGCAGAAACAAUCAUCGCUAGCCUUUUUUCUCUCUUGAGUGUCUUUAUAGCAAUAAACAUGCGACCGAUUCAUGGCUCACUUCAUCCAGGCUGAGGAUGAAGUGGUCGUUCCAUGGCACUGAUGCAGGUUGGCGUCACCCUAAGCUGUGGGGGAAAGUAUACCGAGCUGACUGGGUCUGUAGGAGGCGAAGAAAGAGGAACCACGUGCCACUUAACUAGCUAGGACAGAACAACAUUUUUCAGAUCAAUCCAAAAACCAGAUGCCCACAUCCCAAAUACGACUAUAUGCGGAAGUGAUUACACUGAACGGUCUGUACUGUAGCCUGUGAGGCCCAUUUUUCAGUGCAGAGAACAAAAUCUCGUUUUUUUUUUUUUUUUUCCUGCGGAGGAGGGAGCCACGGGUCGUGGUUAAGAACUGAGUGGCAGUCAUAGGAGGCAGGAGGCACUUUUGCACAACUUUCUUUAAUUUUCUGCUGCUUGUAUUGUUAUUUUUUUUUUUUUUGUUAUUUUAUUUUUUUUCCCGUAGGGAUCAGAUGCAGACGUUACGGGGGCGCUGCGCUAAUUCACGCCCAUCACAUUCAGUUAGAGCCCCGAAAAGUGCUGAGACCUCUUGUCGCUCUGCAGUGUGUCAGGGACAAAAAAAAAAGGAUGCUUUAUCAGAUUUAUGUUGGGGGUGGGGGUUUACCCGUUUCUGUCAAAGACCGGGAGUUUGUCCUCAUUGUAAAAAAAAAAAAAAAGAGAGAAAAAGGAAAAAAAAAAGUCUGAAUCUGUUUGUCCCCUGCAUUUUUAUACUUGAAGGGGCAAACAUAUUUAUCAAUGCAUUAAAGCAGAGGAAGUUUUGGUUGUAAUAGAAUUUGAUUUAUAAUUUUUUUCCCUUGCAUUUAAGUUCUCUUGCUGGAUAUUAUAUGCACAUAUAUUCCUUCUUUUUUUUUUGUUUUGUUGUUAUUUUUAGGUCUUUGUCAGUUUUGUUGCCCUCAAUCACAAUUAUUCUGAUACUUGAUUGUCUUUGUAGAUAACUGGCCUGCUUUUCCCAUUUUUUAAGAGGUGUUUUGCCACGACCCUCAAAAUCUAGAAAUAUAUCCUUUUUAAGUGUCGCGUACUAGGCGGACGAAUCGAUUUAGACUUUUCCGUUGUAUUUUUCUCUGUUGGGGAUAAAGUGUAGACGAUGAGUGUGAUUACCGAGUGAAACGCCUUUGGCCUACAUUCAUUUCACUAAUGCCAAUCAGUCACGUAUACAGACCUCAAGGCCUAAUUUUAAACAGAUAGUAGCAGUUAUAUCCGAUGUGUAGAAAGUUUGUUUGUCGGUGAAUACAUAUGAAAAUAUUUUCUGUUUUUUUUUUUGUUUUUUCUCAGAUUAUUUUUUUUUUUUUCUUAAUCGCUCUCACAUUCCCUUUGAAAUUUGACAUUUUAUUCCAGACUUUGCUUGAAGCUAUUUUGUACUGUAAAUCGUGAAGCAUUGAACGUUUUCAGUAAGAUGGUAAACGCGCGACAGAUGAAGUGCGUCUGGACGUUAAACUUGCAGACCCAAAGUCCCAGAUAUGCCUUUCAUUAGACGACAUUUCAUUCCAUUUCCUGUUCACGGUCUUAAGGUUGUUGUUGUUUUUCUUUUCUUUCUUUUUUUUUUAAAGGGGUAAUUGUUUGGCUACCUUAUCCUUAUCAGUACUGUUUAGCAGAUUUUAUGCUAGAAAUUUGAUCUAAGUGCCUGUCAGAAAUAUUGGCACCUUUUGCAAUUUUAAAAGAUAGACUUAAACAGCUUACAUUGAUUACGUUAUAUCAACAGUACACAUUUAAAACUGGUUUUGGAGAGCAUUCUUACAGAAACAACAAAAAAAAUGUGACACUUAGUUUGAUCUGUUAUUUUAUUUUUUUUGUCAUUAAAAAUUGUCCCUACCUGUAGCUUAAGAAUAUUGGUGUUUAGCUUUACACAGCGUUAAAAAAAAGUUUUUCGGUAAUAUGUGCGAGCGAGCCAUUCAGACUUCAGAUCCCGAUUAAAAUUGCAAAGCGUGACAAUAAUCGUGAUCAGGUUCUGUCGUGCUUAACGGAAGGUUUUCAUCCAAAAACAUUCAGUUAUUUGACCUUGAUGUCUCUGUUUUUAACCACAGUUGAUUUAAAAAAAAGAAAGAAAGAAAUGACAAAAAAACAAGGGUAAAGACACACACUUUAUGGUGUUGUAGACAUGUUGUAAAAUAUUACUUAUUUUUAAAGGAUUUCUUGCAAGUCUAGAUUACCAAAACUUGUCAUGCCUUACAUGAUGGGUUUUGCAGGAAAAAUGAAUGUGUGCAAAAACAUUUACUCAUUGAGAGAUUAUGGAAAGUGUCCUAGAAGACUGUUCAAUUCCAUGUCUGGUUGAACCUCUUCAAAAAAUAUUGCUCUAUUUUUGUUUUGUGUGAAGGGGUAGUCCACCAGAUUGAGCAUUGUAAAUCUGAAUGGAAAGUGUUGAAUCGUUUGUAUACACAACUGGCUAAUAAAACUGCUAAUAAAUUGCA